GAUUAAGCAGUUGUGCAUACCUUCUCUUUAAUUCUUCGUCUUUUAAAUUGCGCUAUUCAUUUUCAAUCUAAAAAGUAAUACAAGUGGGUUGAUUGAAUGAAAAGGCAUGCCAUUAUCUGUUAAGUGGAACCUGAUAAAUCUUGUACUUCCAAAUUGCAUACAGAUAAUAUCGCUUUCUCGUGCCAUUAGCUUAGUGGUUUUAGAAAUACCACCAUCAUUAAAACAAUGAUGUGAUUUCGGAAGCUAGCGUAGCAAGACAAGAGAAUUGGACUGGAUCAAGAGUAAUUUAAUUUAAGAAUAAAUAAAUCGUAAUCAUAAUUUACCUUCCACUUACUGUCUGCCAUCUGGAGGGAAAUAAAAUAGCUUUGACUCUUUUCUUUGACCAUCAAACAUCUGUAAGAGCACAGGUGUAUAAGGCGCUGUGUGAAAUGUUCUUUCUUUUUUACAAUAAAGAUACAGUUUAUAACUAGCCUACGUGUUGCCUAUGUCAUAGUAGAUGCCAGUAUAGUGUGAAGCAUGUAGUUUAUUCAACUAUAGGUAAUUAAUCCUUUAUCCUUUAUUUUAGCCAUGCCCAUACUUCCACUUUCUGUCUCUACUCCGAAUUAAAGCUUGACUUGUUUAGCUGCUUCUUUGCAUAUAGAAGACUGAAACUACAGAAAUACAUUUGUUAUGAUAUAGUUAUUGGGUGAUGUAGUUGGUGCCACCAUUAUGCUGAAACGUCUGGUACUAAAUAUAUCUAUAUAGUUAACGUUCUCUAAUUUUGCCCAUCUUCAUGUACUCCAUAGAACAUCAAUGUGUUUGUCCAAGCUGUGUUUAUACCCCUAUGAUCCCCCCCUGCCGUUUCUCACACACACACACACACACACACACACACACACACACACACACACACACACACACACACACACACACACACACACACACACACACACACACACACACACACACACACACACACACACACAGUUACAGGCAGACCAGCUAGUGAUCAGCUCGGGUUUCGUCCUACCUGCAGUCAGGUAGGGCAGGCGUAGUACUGUGCCACCUGCCGCCUGGCUCCUGUUGCAUUUCCAAUCACCAGGAAAGGGGGCCGAUUAACUCAAUAUUCAGGGAUCCGUUUUCCUGGCUUAGCGGAAUACAACGUGGUUCAUUCGGUUCUCCCGGCCCGCCAUUCGUAACGCAUGAUUGACGAUGGGGAAAAAACAGAUUAUUUCUUUUUUGCCGGACUAUUCAUUUCCCAUGAUGAGCAGAACUGAUAUUCGACAGAACCCUCUGUGCUCCUGAUGUACUAAACUCAUAGCGGCAUCACGUUAACAAAUGAAUAAGAAUGAUGUGGUAAUAAGCAAAUAUAAGUUGUAGCAUUAUUUUUAUUAUAAGUAUCGUCCAAUUUUAAUUCAUGACCAGCGGCAAAAAUCGAAAGGCCAGAACUAAAACAGAUCACGCUGUUCAGUCCCUUCUGAAACAACCAAUCUUUGUGACCUUCUGUUUAUUUCCAACCUGCCCCCUGACCGUUCAUGUCCUUUUAGAACCUUUUUUCCUUGUUCUGGUUUAGUUUAAAAUCCACAUCUAGGGUUGGCAUUUGGGCGCAGGAACAACCCCUAACUCAUUCGGCGAAUAAGCUGUCUUGUCGGAGCACAUUUAAUCUUGGGACUCUUUGUGCGUUUGUGAUGUUGGCAAGAAACGCAAAAAAAGGGAAAUUCUGGGCAAGACGUUGCCCUCCACAGUCGGGCUGUCUUUUUUUUUUUCUUCUCUUUCUUUUCCUGUGUGUCUUUGUAGGGCUUGCACUUGGUCAUUGGAGCACAGCGUUUAAGUGGGCCACAAGGGAACGGUUGAAUGGGGAGGCAGAAGGUGUGUGUGUGUGUGUGUGUGUGUGUGUGUGUGUGUGUGUGUGUGUGUGUGUGUGUGUGUGUGUGUGUGUGUGUGUGUGUGUGUGUGUGUGUGUGUGUGUGUGUGUGUGUGUGUGUGUGUGUGUGUGUGUGUGUUUGCGAACCACUGGGUUGGAUUGCGACUGGGCAUUUCUUUUUAACCUUGAUUUCCGUGAUUUGAUUUGGCUCCAUGUUCCGAAGACGUAUUGUUGCGUUUUUUUGGGGGGGAUCAAAGUCUCCACCUUUCUGUGUUUCGAGUUGUUUUGGGGAGGAGGAUUUGCCUCAACUGUUGUUGCUUGAUGCACUGCUUUGUCUCCCUGCGUCUCCCGGGCAUUACAUGUUUACUGGCGAUAUUAGAUAUUAGUUUUUUUUAGCUGAAUAAUUUAUUUUGUUUGUACCAAAAAACGCAGCCGAAACCACGUGGAUUUUUUCGGAUAAGCGGCCUCGUUAUGAAUAACGAGUAAAGGGAAUACAUCUUAGACCAUUGUGUGUGGGCGGUGUGUGUGGUGUAUUUGUCCUUGUGUGUGUGUAUAUAUUUUGCCAUGAUUCUUAAACCUGCGUCUUGUCGCUCUCGCUUAAAGACCAUACCCGCCGUGGUCGCUCCGCGUAGUGGUAGACCUGUUGCCUUGCGUUACCUGUUGAUUAUUAAUGUUACUCUUUUCAAAGAUUUAAAUGAAGAGCACACACGUAUGUACGCCCACACAUACACACACUUUUUUUUUUCUGAAGGACACCUUUUAUAACAAGGAGAUGGAAGAAUAUUAAUAAACAAAUCUCAGGCCUGCACAGGAAAAAAAAAAAUAAUACACCAGGCACCUGCAUGAUACGCAGGGCUUAGAGGGACGGAGCAGUCCCCAGGGAGAGCCUGCUGCAGUUAGGAGACCGCUCUUAAUUAACCAAGAGAGGCUUGGGCAUGGAAAGUGUGUGUGUGUGUGUGUGUGUGUGUGUGUGUGUGUGUGUGUGUGUGUGUGUGUGUGUGUGUGUGUGUGUGUGUGUGUGUGUGUGUGUGUGUGUGUGUGUGUGUGUGUGUGUGUGUGUGUGUGUGUCAGGGCGCUUACCUGGUACGGAUCAGGAACGUUCGGCAGGCCAUACUCCCGAUAAAGUCCACAAUGUGAGAGGCGCCGUGCGUGGUUGCGAUGGGCAUACUCAUCGAUACAGGGCUCUACGUGUUAAUGUGUUUAGCAGGGAGAAACGCAACGCUGGCUUCUUAAUUUACCCUGAAUGUGUGUGUGAAAGGUAGAUCCCCCUCGGAGCAACACGCUGAUGCACACAACUCUAGUAAUGGUUGCUUUAAACAAGGGUGGUUGUUUGUAGCGCUUGGGUCUGAAAUUUGAAUGGGGGGAAACUAGCUUUUUAUUUGUAUUAUUCGGGUGAACGCUGUAACGUGAGCCGCCGUGCUCCGAGAAUGGCAGCAAUUAGGCGCCUUGUUAAACAUUAACUUUUAUGGCGGCCGGGUGUGUGUGCGGAGACGGCAGCAGCAGCAUGCGUCGGAUGCGUGAGCGCCACAGACGGAGACGCCACACCAGCGGCUAGCUCUGGCGCCAUGCAGACCCCUGAGGCCGGUACUGGCUCAACCUCCACCGUCCCUCUACAGACCACCGUGCCUGGCCAGCCUACCGCCUCCAGCCAGCAGGCCCAGACUGUCCAGCAGGUGCAGCACGUUUACCCUGCGCAGGUGCAGUACGUAGAAGAGACCAGCGGCAUCUACACCAAUGGAACCAUAAGGACCUACACCUACACGGAGCCCCAGCUGUACAGCCAGAACAGCGGCGGCAGCUACUUCGACACGCAGGCGGGCUCGUCGCAGGUGCCCAGCGUGGUGGUGGGCGCGUCGCACGGCAUGACCAACAACAACAACAACAACAACGGCGAUGGCGGCGGCGGGGGCGGCGGCGGCGGCGGGAACGGGGUGAUGGGCAUGGGCCUGGCCGGGGGGCAGGUGAUCGACGGCAGCUCCGGCGCAUACCUCAUAGACACCAGCGCCCCCCACGCCUCGGGCCAGGCCACCCGGGCCUCCCCGGCCACUGUGAGUGUAUGGACACCCCUUUUUUUUAUUAUCCUUAUCGUCAUUAUCAUCUUUAUCUCAGUUGGCAAGCCUCCCCACACCCAAAGACCUUAG